AUGGUCUUGAUCCUAUUUCUGCUGACGUUGAUCAAUUUGAAUUUGAUAGUUUCGACGAAUCCUGCACCACCACCCUUCUUCGAUCUAGCAUUAAAUAUUGAUGGUAUUAGUAAUCAAUUUCGAUUUAUCCAAACAGCCAAAUCGGCUGAGAAUCGACACGUUCCAUCAGUUAUUAUUCUUGAUGAUGAUCAAAAUCCGACGAUCUUCAAUUCACCUCAUCCAUCUUCACUUCAAACGUUUCACGUAGAGUCCGACGGAGCCGCUGUCGGUUUCGCCAGUGUAACUGAUAGUGCUACUUCCAAUCCCAGUCUCCUGUACGCUAUGAUUCAAACAUCAAGCGGUUCUAUUUAUGACAUUGCUCCAUUGAUAGCACCAGAACAAAGCAGAAGUAAACGAUCCUUAACAAAUCCCUAUAUAAUUCGCACCAAAAAUUCCAUUGUUAACCAUGCAUACAUUACAAUUGAAUGGAAUAAUUCUCGUAGACGUCGCAGAGCCGAUGAUACCAACGAAACUGAAGUAACAAUAACGACAGAAUCGGAAACCGAAAAAACUCGGCUGCCGGCAUCUGAGUUCACGGAUGCAUUUACCUUGCCUGCUAUAACAAUGCCUGACACAAUUGAAAACAUAACUAUACCUUCUGCUGAGAACGACACAGAACUGUUCAUCAACAUGACCAUGGAAACGACAACACCACGGCCGAUACCUGAAAAAACUCGUCAUAUCUACUUGGAAAUUAUCGCGGUGAUCGAUAGUUUAAUCACCAACGAUCUCCGAGCUUUACUAAACAAAACAGAACUUGAAACAAUUGAAAUUCUGAAAUUAUAUUACAUUCAUAUAUUCAUGAGUGUGGAACAACUUUAUCGGCAAUCCUUAAUUUACGAAACACUUGAUGUUCAUAUUCGUUUGAACAAGAUCAUCUUCGCUACUGACAAACAUCGUCUUCCAUGGGAAUCGUUCAAAAACAUUUCAUCGCUUACGAACGCCUAUCGAAAAGCACCGAAUGACAUCCAUAUACGACCAAAUAUUAGUAUGGAUCUUUUGAAAUCGUUGCACAAAGCUUACACAACCGAUAAAUUUGAUAAGCGAUUCUUCACGAAUGAAGCUGAUCAUAUCAUGACUUUUACUCGCGUAGAUCUCAUUGAUGGUGCUGGUUCUGCUUAUGUGUUAGGGGCGUGUUUACCUUUAUAUAAAUAUUCGAUUGUUCAAGACGAUCUGAAUUCGUUUUCGGUGAUUAUUACAGUAACACAUGAACUGGGACAUAAUUUAGGUUUGGAUCAUGAUGAAAUCGAAAAUACAUGUAACGAUCCACAAUUUCGAUAUAUCAUGUCGCCGAAAAACAUGAACACAGCGGAUCGUCGUCAAUUACCGAACUUUUCCGAAUGUUCCAUUGCUCAAUUGAAUCGUUUUGCCGAUAAUACAAGUACAACAUGCUGGAAAAAUUCUAUAAUUAGCACAAGAAAUGAUACAAAAUUAGGCAAAUUACGAGAAAUUAUCUCGACAAACCUAGGCCAAAUCGUGAGUGUUCACCAACAAUGUCAAUUACAGUAUGGAUUAAAGGCUAUUCCAUUUAUUUCGGUCACAUACGCUAGUAAAAGCCACUCAUUAUAUGAACCAAAUCUUUGCAAUCAAUUGCGAUGUUUCAAAGAACCAGAAGACAAUUAUAUGUUUUGGCAAGAUGGCGCAUUCGAUGGAACUUCGUGUGGUGAAAAUCAAGUCUGCUAUCAAAAACAAUGUGUAUCAACUAAUCAAACAAUGAACGAAACCGAUUUAGCUCAAUGUCCUUAUGGAGAUUUGUUCGUACCAAUACCAAUGUUGAAUCUAAUGGAUAAAUACACAUCAGGGAAUAUGUUAUGUGCUGACGCGUUAGAUCUCCUUCGAUCACGUGGAUUGAAUGUAACCCAUUUAUGCUACGAUUCGACUUUUCCUUUUCGUCGAUUGUGUUGUGAAGAAUGCAAGAAACAUCUAAUUCCUGAAUGUGGAGAUCAUCAUACUCGAUGUCCUAUGUUUGCAGAAUAUUGUGACAAACAAUAUAUGCGUAUUAAUGGAGUGCCGAUUACAGAACUAUGUCCUUAUACUUGCGGCCAAUGUCCUCAUUUGCCUCCACCACCUAAAUCUACGACGACAACGACGACGACGACAACUCCAGAAACAACCACUUUGAAGAAAGUCUUGACUAAAAAGAAAACUGCUACAACAAGAAAACCGAAAGUGACUACACCAAAACCACGAAAGUAUAUUAAACCUAAAACAUUCGACAAAUAUACAUGCAUCGACUCCGCGGACUGUUCUCAACUCGUUAAAGUUUACUCCAAGCUAAAGAAGAACGUCAAAAACUGGUGUACAGAACACUCCACAAUGCAUCAAGGCAAAUAUUUUCCUGAAGUCUGUCCGAAGUAUUGUUCAUUGUGUAACAUCACAUCAGAAUGUGAAGAAAAGAAACUAUGCCGAAAUAAUGGUACGUGUAUUCAAAAUGAACACGGAACAUAUCAAUGUUUAUGUUCAACAUCGAAAUUGUACUAUGGAACUUUAUGUGAAUACCGACGAACGUGUCUGGAUAAUCCGUGUGCAAAAGGAGAAUAUUGUUUUCAAACGCGAGGUGAAAAUUAUGUGUGUUUAUCAAAAGAAGAUAAAGAACAAAUGCGUAUUAUUUUAAAUGAGAAAAACUAG